UACAAGCUGAUAUGUGAUAAAUAUAAGGUAAAUGUAUACAUAUGUAAUGGUAAUUAAUUAUACACUUUUCUUGUCAUUUAGCCAUCGAUUAAUAUUGAGGAUACAUUCUAUACUGGAGCUCAACACUUGAAUGUAGGAUUUUAAAGGCAUGAACUGAAAAGAUGAAGAGAGAAGUCAGAGUAUCAAAGGACUGGAUAUAUUAAACGCUGCGGACUUACAAAAUCAGAGUAUCAAAGGACUGGAUAUAUUAAAAACCGCGGACUUACAAAAUCAGAGUAUCAAAGGACCGGAUAUAUUAAACGCCGCAGACUUACAAAAUGAGAAUGCCCGAUGAUGGGCCUCCAUCAAAGAAAUUCAGAUACACAGUCCAGCACCGUAGUACAUAUGAUGGCAACAAUGGCUAUGUGCCAGAAAAACUCCAGCAGGAGAGAAGGAACCUCCCAAUAUACCCUGCCAAGGGAAAGAUAAUUAACCAGAUUCAGAGGCUAGACACUGCCAUUCUGAUAGGGGAAACAGGAAGUGGUAAAACCACACAGAUACCACAGUAUCUUUUGGAGGCCAAUGUGAACAAAAAUGCCAUUAUUGCUAUAACACAGCCCAGACGAGUUGCAGCCAUCACGAUAUCACAGAGAGUGGCAGAAGAACAGGGGACAGAACUGGGACAGCGGGUUGGUUACUGUGUGAGAUUUGAGGAUGUCACAUCAGAGAAUACUAAAAUCAAGUACAUGACUGAUGGAAUGCUACUAAGGGAAGCAAUCCUGGACCCUCUAAUGAAGAGGUAUUCAAUAGUGAUUUUGGAUGAGGCUCACGAGAGGACUAUACACACAGAUGUUCUGUUUGGAGUGGUGAAACAAGCUCAGGCCCGGCGGAAGUCGAGGGGAAUCAGACCGCUCAAAAUACUUGUAAUGUCUGCCACAAUGGACGUAGAUCACUUUUCAGCAUACUUCAAUGCUGCCCCGGUGUUAUAUCUGGAGGGAAGGCAAUAUCCUGUACAGGUAUACUAUGCCCCAGAGCCUCAAUCUGACUACACGUUCUCUUCCAUAGUCACAUUGUUUCAAAUCCACAGAGUGGAACCCCCAAAUAAGGACAUACUGAUGUUUCUAACUGGGCAGGAGGAGAUAGAGUCUGCCGUGAGAACCAUAAGGGACAUAACUCGGUCAGCAGAAGAAAACAUGGCUCCCCUGAUUGUCUGCCCUUUGUAUGCAGCUCUCCCUUCCUAUGCUCAACUCAAAGUCUUCAAACCAACUCCUAGGGGUUGUAGGAAGGUGAUAGUUGCCACCAAUAUUGCUGAGACUUCAGUCACCAUACAGGGAAUCAAGUUUGUCAUAGACUCGGGGGUUGUCAAAGCCAAAGUAUUCAACCCCAACAGUGGCCUUGACCUUUUGAAGGUUGUUAAAGUGUCCAAGGCCCAGGCCUUACAGAGGACCGGGAGGGCAGGGCGGGAAUCAGCGGGGUCCUGUUACAGGCUUUAUACUGAACAAGAAUUUGAACACUUUAGUGACAACACUGUCCCAGAGAUCCAAAGGUGUAAUCUAUCCAGUGUUGUCCUUCAACUUCUGGCCCUCGGAAUCUCUGACAUCAUCAACUUUGACUUCAUGGAUAAACCAUCCACAGAGUCCAUCAUUGCUGCUGUCCAUCAACUACAUAAUCUUGGAGCAGUGGUGAAAGAAAUCUCAAUAAAGUUAACUCCAGUCGGGCGGCAGAUGGCAGCGUUUCCUCUGGAACCCAGACUCAGUAAAACUCUACUGAUCGCCAAGGAGAAUAACUGCUUGGAGGAGAUUUUAACCAUUGUGUCACUGCUUUCUGUGGAUUCUGUUUUGGUCACACCUCAAAGCAAGAGAGAGGAAGCUCUAGCAGCCAGACAAAAGUUUGUGUCCAGUGAAGGAGACCAUAUUAUGCUGCUAAAUAUAUAUAAAGGGUAUAAAGCUGUCAAAGGCAGUAAGGAAUGGUGUAUGGAAAACUUCAUCAAUCAGAGAAACAUGAAGACAGCGACUGAGGUCAGGAAACAGCUGUACGAUAUCUGUGAGAGAAUGGAGUUCCCAAGAAAGUCUUGUGGGAAUGACACCGCCACCAUCAGAAAAUGCUUGGCUCAUGGAUUCUUCAUGAAUGCUGCUGAAUUACAAAAGGACAGCUCUGAAUACACAUCAUUAUCAUCCAGGAAGACCGUAUCUAUCCAUCCAUCAUCUGUACUGUUCAGGUGCAAGCCUGCUUAUGUCAUUUACAAUGAGCUCAUCCAGACUACCAAGUGUUACAUGAGAGAUCUAUGUGUGGUGGAUCCAGACUGGCUAUACGAGGCAGCCCCUAUCUACUUCAAAAGGAAGAAACCGGGAACUUAAUGUUGUUGAUGUUAAUGAUAAUAAAUUGUUACUUUAUACCA